AUGCGUAUCCCGCCGCUCUUGCACCACGUCCACCUGCCCACCUUUGACCACCUGCUGGAGCGGGCCAGCGGCCCCGAGGCCACCUUCCACCUCGAGUGGGCACUGUCCUGCCAGAAGGCCUACCCCGACUUCCUGCACCUGUACUGGGACUAUGAAGCCGCGCGGAAGCUGGUGGAAAUGCACUACCCCGCCUUCCUGCCGGUGUGGCAGGACCUGCCCUGGGACAUGCACAAGGCGGACGCCAUCCGUUACCUCAUCAUGCACCGCUUUGGCGGCGUCUACAUGGAUGCUGACGUGGCCUGCUACCGUCCCGCACAGGACAUGCUGGCAGGCUAUGAUGUGGGUACCGCCGACCCGGAGUAUCUGGCCAGCGCGGUACUGGCCAGCGCCCCCGGCCACCCGCUGUGGACCCACGUUGUGGAGCUGCUGGAGAAGCGGUACCACGGGUUUACGGGGCAGGAGCGGGCAGGGCACGUGCUGGACCUGACCGGCCCCUUCAUGCUGCGGGACGCCCUCAAGGAGUACCUGUUUGGCAGCGAUGCGGAAGAGUUUAAUGGGCGGGUGUCCGGGGGAGUGCACGAGGCACCCAUACCUGCAGCCGGCAGCGGGCAGCCGCACAGCCUGAUACGCAUCCACGAGCUGGGCACCUUCUUCACGCCCUGCUUCUGGUAUGACGAGCAGUGCCACAAGCGCAUGGCCAGGAUGCAGCGGCUGGGCACGGUGCCCGUCCAUCUGGCGGGGUACCACCUGUACCGCGGCAGCUGGUGGGGUAACACGGGCAAUGCAGCCUCCUCCGACGGCAUUGCCGAGUGA